AUGUCGACUCCCAUCCCCGCGCCGCCCGGACUUCCCAUCCUAGGCAACGUCCUGGACAUUGACCCAAACCAUGCCAAUCAGAGUCUUCAGCACUUGGCCGACAAAUAUGGCCCCAUCUUCAAAUUGACCACCCUCGGCACCGAAAGAUAUGUCAUCAGCUCAAUCGAACUCCUCAAUGAGGUCUGCGAUGAGAAGCGCUUCUGCAAGGCUGUGUCUGGUGCACUGCAACAAGUACGGAAUGGAGUAGGAAAUGGUCUCUUUACUGCCUACCCUGGUGAACAUGACUGGGAGGUGGCUCACCGAGUUCUCGUGCCUGCAUUCGGUCCGAUCGUGCUGAUGUUUGUAGACGACGAGAUGUACGAUAUUGGCACCCAGUUGAUUGCAAAGUGGGCGCGUGGUGGGCCUGAGCAGAAGAUUGCAGCUACGGAUGAUUUUACUCGACUGACCUUGGACUCUAUUGCCCUAUGUGUCAUGGACAAGCGUUUCAAUUCCUUCUACUCAGAGAAGCUUCACCCCUUUGUGGACGCAAUGGUGGGUUUCUUGCUGGAGUCCGGGCGCCGGACUCAACGUACAAGAAUUGGGUCAUUACUCAACAGAUCAGUCGAACGUCAGUACUAUCAAGACAUCGACACUAUGAGGACCGUCGCCAAGGAGAUGGUCGAUCACCGCAGAGCAAACCCGGUCGAUAAGAAGGACUUGCUCAAUGCGAUGCUGUUCGGCAAGGACCCAAAAACGGGGGAGAGGAUGACAGAUGAUAGUAUCAUCAACAACAUCAUCACUUUCCUCAUUGCGGGACACGAAACGACCUCGGGGCUUCUUUCAUUUGCCUUCUACCAGCUUUGCAAGAACCCUGAAGCAAUGCGAAAAGCUCAAGAGGAAGUCGAUUCAGUGGUCGGCAAGGGUCCGGUGACGGUCCAGCACCUGACGAAAUUACCUUAUAUCGAGGCCGUCAUGAGAGAAACUCUCCGACUCAACCCUACAGCUCCUGCGUUUGCCCUCAAACCACUGGACACAGUGGCUGGGCCUGUGGUGCUUGCUGGGAAAUACACCAUUCCUCCGGGCUCCCCCAUCAUCGCCCUCCUUACAAAAGCCCACCGUGACCCGGUCGUCUAUGGCGCGGAUGCCGAGGAGUUCAAGCCAGAAAGAAUGUAUGGAGAGAACUUUACGAAGCUGCCACCCAACUCUUGGAAGCCAUUCGGAAACGGCGCUCGUGGAUGCAUUGGGCGCCCUUUUGCAUGGCAAGAAGCCAUCCUGGCUAUCGCUCUCAUUCUCCAAAACUUCAACAUCAGAUUGGAUGAUCCAUCAUAUCAGCUGCAAAUCAAGCAGACCUUGACCGUCAAGCCAGACAAUCUGUUCUUACGAGCCACUCUGCGUGAAGGUAUCGAUCCAGUGACAUUGGAGAGAAAACUGUAUGCAGGUAUCCAAACCGAAGACGCUCAUCACAAGGAACGCAGUGCGUUGGCCAAGAAAGUGGGUGGAGGGGGCAAGCCAAUGCUCAUACUUUACGGGUCUAACUCGGGCACCUGUGAAGGACUGGCACAGGGUCUUGCCAACAGCGCAGGAAAUCGAGGCUUUAAUGCUUCAGUAAAGCCUCUGGAUGCUGCUGUCGAGCACCUACCAAGCGACCAGCCCGUCAUAAUCAUCACCGCGAGCUACGAGGGCAAUCCUCCCGACAAUGCCGCGGGGUUCGUGGAAUGGCUCAAGACGGUGGAUGCUGAAAAGGUCAAGAACGUGCAGUUUGCUGUCUUCGGCUGCGGCCAUCACGACUGGGUCACCACUUUUCAGAAAAUCCCCAAACUGAUCGACUCCGAAUUGGCCGCUAAAGGAGCAAAACAAAUCGUGGAGCGUGGACAGUCUGAUGUCGCCGAGGGCAAAGUGUUUGACGACUUUGACGUCUGGCAAGAUGAGAAUCUCUGGCGUACUCUAUCUGCUGAUGGGGGUACUGACGAGACCUCGGAAGCUCUGAACAUGGAGAUCAGCACCAGCGCUCGUGCUUCACAUCUCCGGCAUAAUGUGCAGGAUGCGUUGGUUCUGGAGAAUGAGCUGUUGACCGAUCCCUCCAUUCCAGAGAAGCGACACACCGAGUUCCAGUUACCAACCAACAUGACGUAUGAAGCAGGAGACUAUCUUGCGCUGCUGCCAGUCAACAACAUGAAAACAAUCUCAAGGGUGCUCCGCCGGUUUGGGUUGCCAUGGGAUGCCAUCAUGACACUGGCCAAAGGUGCACAUACCACAAUUCCAACAGCAACACCCAUUGCAAUCACGGGGGUGUUGGCUGCAUACGUGGAACUGAGUAAUCCGGCCAGCCGUAAACACAUUGCAACUCUCAGCAAGUACACCAAAGAUGAAUCUGUCCGCAAAGAGGUCCUGGGCAUCACUGAGCCCUUGUCGGUCCUGGAAAUCCUGGAGAAAUACCCGAGCAUCGAGCUCCCCUUUGCUCUCUACCUCGCUAUGCUCCCACCUAUGCGCAUACGACAGUAUUCUAUCUCGUCCUCGCCACUGCAGGACCCGACCAAGGUCAGCAUCACAUACUCCGUGGUCGGUGCGGACACGAACCACAUGGGCGUCGCAACAAACUACCUCAAGCUCCUGCAGCCGGGCACACGAGCGCAGUUGAUGAUCAAGAAAUCACACGCGAGCUUCCAUCUACCGCUAGACCCCAAAACGCCCAUCAUCAUGGCCUGUGCAGGCACGGGUCUGGCGCCCUUCUUGGGGUUUGUCCAGGAACGUGCAGUCCGCAUCGCCGCCGUUGGCGGAAACCGCGACGCGUUUGGCGAGGCCCUCUUGUUCAUCGGUUGCCGCUACCAUGACAAAGACCGCCUGCACGCCAAACAGCUGGAUGAAUGGGCCGAGCAGGGCGCUGUCAAGCUGUUCUACGCAUUCAGCCGCGAACCCGAGCACUCGGAGGGAUGCAAAUACAUACAAGACCGACUCUGGCGUGAGCGGGAGACUCUCAGCAAACUGUUCGGCGAAGGCGCCAAAGCGUACAUUUGCGGCAAUGCCGCACUGGGCAAGGGCAUCGCAGACGUCGCUGCAAAGAUCGCCGUUGAGGGCGCCAAGAAGGCCGGAAAGGACCUGUCGCACGAAGACGGCCUGAAGUGGUGGAACAAGUUGAGGGGCGAGCGCUAUGCGGUCGAUGUCUUUGAUUGA